CCGGCCCCCACGGCCACCAUGAAGAAGGAGGUGUGCUCCGUGGCCUUCGUCAAGGCUGUGUUCGCCGAGUUCCUGGCCACCCUCAUCUUCGUCUUCUUCGGCCUCGGCUCGGCCCUUCAGUGGCCGUCGGCGCUGCCCUCCAUCCUCCAGAUCUCGCUGGCCUUCGGCCUGGCCAUCGGCACCCUGGCCCAGGCCCUGGGGCCCGUGAGCGGCGGCCACAUCAACCCUGCCAUCACGCUGGCCCUCCUCGUGGGCAACCAGAUCUCCCUGCUGCGGGCGGUCUUCUACGUGGUGGCCCAGCUGGUGGGCGCCAUCGCGGGGGCGGGCAUCCUCUAUGGGCUGGCACCACUCAACGCGCGGGGCAGUCUGGCCAUCAAUGCGCUCAAUAGCAACACGACGCCCGGCCAGGCCAUGGUGGUGGAGCUGAUUCUGACCUUCCAGCUGGCGCUCUGCGUCUUCUCCUCUACCGACUCCCGCCGCACCAGCCCUGUGGGCUCCCCAGCCCUGUCCAUUGGCCUGUCCGUCACCCUGGGCCACCUUGUGGGGAUCUAUUUCACCGGCUGCUCCAUGAACCCAGCCCGCUCUUUCGGCCCCGCAGUGGUCAUGAAUCGGUUCAGCUCUGCACACUGGGUAUUCUGGGUGGGGCCCAUCGUGGGGGCUGCCCUGGCCGCCAUCCUCUACUUCUACCUGCUCUUCCCCAACUCCCUGAGCCUGAGUGAGCGUGUGGCCGUCGUCAAGGGCACGUAUGAGCCUGAGGAGGACUGGGAGGAGCAGCGGGAGGAGCGGAAGAAGACCAUGGAGCUGACCGCCCACUGACCAGCGUCAGACAGGCGCUAGCCUCUCACCCCUGAAUUGCAGGGGAAACCCUCCCCCCCCCAAAAAAAAACCCCAUGACAGCAAAGCUUCCUUCCCCCACAGCGGGUCCUCUGGGCUAGGGAGGAGGGACUCGCUCCCCAGGCUGCAGUUAGAAAUGGGAGCAGGAACCCAUGAUGGGACUCCUGGGGUGGGGCCCCGGGACUGCGGUCCGAUGGGGUGAGGGUCUCUCUGAGACGGGGCAGGCUGCUGCCAUGAGGUCAGACCUCAGAGAUUGUGAACACAGCACUGAGCUCACAGGCCGCCCCAGGGGCAGGGCAGUAAGGAGUGGCCUGCGUUCUCCCUCCCCACCCUCCGGGCCCCUCCUCAGAAGCCAGAGGGUCCCAGCCCCGAGGAUGGCAGAGGCUGACCCUCCCCAGAGCUCCUUCGGAGGGCGAGAGACUGGCUCACUAAAUGCUGCCUUAUUUAUUUCUGCUUCUAGGUGCAUGGGCUAGGGCUGCUGGGGUGUGGAGUGGGGGCUCCCCAAUAAACCGCUGACGCCCA